AUGGGCACGGACCUGGGCACCUGCAUCGCGGCCAUUGCGCCAGUGACGGGCAUCAUCGUCGGAGCCCUGACCUGCCGCGAAUGCCAGCCGUAUCGGUGGGACGACGAGGGCCGCUGGAUCGUCUACGAGUAUGCCGACGCGCGGCCGGUGACCAGGCGCUGGGGCUUCCACAUGGACUUGUUCUCGCACGACGACCUGAAGGCGGGCGAUGUAAAUUGUCGUUAUACGGCCAUGGUGGAGGACGAGACGGAGGAUCGAUGCGCGCCGCUGAUGAGAUAUGGCCUGAGUGAUGUGGAGGAGCUCUUUCUGCUGAACCCUGUGCUCCGCGGCGACUGCUCCAACAUUAAAUACAAUACCCCGUACUGCACAGACGGCUUUUUGGAGCCCCUGCGAGCGUACGAUGGCUUCUGCGGCCCUCCACACAACAACGCGACUUGUCGUGGUGUUGAUCACGGGCAAUGCUGCAACUCCGAGACCUGGCGAUGCGGGCAGUCAGAACAAGACUGCGCGAUGGGCGUGUGCUACGAGGGACUCUGCUGGGGCCACAAGCACUACACGACCGAUGGCACAUGCGGUAGCCAGCACGGCGGCCGCAAGUGCGCAGGCAAAUGGGGAGAUUGCUGCAGCGUCGACGGCCGCUGCGGGACCGGCCGCGAGUUUUGCAGUCGUGAAGCGUGUCAGAGCGGCAACUGUGAAGCGCGGCGCCAUCACCAACCACAACCCAACCGCGCGACGGACCUCAAACAAAAAGACAGGCAAUUCAAAAUCAUUCAAAUCACCUGGACUGGAUUGCCCGCCAUGGACCUUGCCAGCCAGCUGCGCACAUCCCUCGCCGCGCAGUCUCUGCCCCCCGCAUCCACCAGCUUCCUCACCACGCUCAUCGGCUCGCGCACGCCCCCUCCGCCCAUUGCCUCCCUCCUCGCCACCGCCAAAGCGCGCCUCCUCGCCUGCGACCUCACCUCCAGCAGCAGCAGUAGCAGCAGCAUCCUCGAUGCCGCCGCCUUGGCGUCCCUGCCCGCCGACAUUGGUAGCGCCCGCGUCGAGGAGCGCACGCUGCCGCGCAACGUCCACGUGCAGGUCGUCGACGUCGAGAACCUGAGCCUCAGCCGCUGGGAGCAGGUCGAGGAGCUCGAGGCCGUGGCGCGCGGCGAGCGCACGCGCGGCCGCGAGGUCGUCCGCGUCACGGCCGACGACGACGACGGCGAGAAUGCGAUUCGCGCGGCCGGGACGCAGAGCAGAGGCGGGGGAGUUACGCAGCAGCCGGCAGCGGCGGGAGCGGCAAGGAAUGCGGUGCAUCGGCUGGUGCUGCAGGACAGCAAGGGCAGGACGGUGUACGCGGUCGAGAUGAAGCGCAUGGACAGGAUCGGGGUCGGCAAGACGAACAUCGGCGAAAAGAUGCUGCUGAGGGCCGGCACGGUGGUGGCGAGGGGCUCGGUGCUGCUGACGCCGGACAAGACGGUGUUUUUGGGCGGCAAGGUCGAGGCGUGGCACGAGGCGUGGAUGAAUGGGAGAUUGGCGAGGCUCAAGGCUGCUGUGGGAGCAGAUCGGCCGCAAUAA